CGGUGCAGGGGGUGGGCCACGUGUCCAACCCUAACGAAACGGUAACCAGCCCUGGGAAGCCCGCAAGAGGCCUCAGCGGUGGCCGUCCGAGCGCCGAGAGGUGAGGGUGCCCCCGGCCUCACCUGCAGAGGGGCCGUUCCGGGCUCGAACCCGGCACCUUCCGGUCCUCAGCAAGGAGAACGCAGGGAUCAGGAGAAGGACACCCAGAGCCACGUGUGGAUGUGGCCCAGAAGGCUUCCCAAGGAAGUCACCUCCCUGCUGAAUAGGACAGAAAUAAGAAAGAAGCCCAUUCCAGGCCCAGGGAACAGCAGACACAGAGACCUGGAGGUGGGAAGAAGGUUGGCAAGGUGCCCCGGGCCCUGCCAGGCUGAGUGUGAGGACCUGGACGCCAGCUGGAGACACUGAGAGGAGCCCUCGGGCCUGACCCACCGUCCCUCUGCCCACCCCCAGAAAAUGGCGGCUGCCAGGCCCAGCCUGGGCCGAGUCCUCCCAGGAUCCUCUAUCCUGUUCCUGUGUGACAUGCAGGAGAAGUUCCGCCACAACAUCGCCUACUUCCCACAGAUCGUCUCAGUGGCUGCCCGCAUGCUCAGGGUGGCCCGGCUGCUUGAGGUGCCAGUCAUGCUGACGGAGCAGUACCCGCAAGGCCUGGGCCCCACAGUGCCCGAGCUGGGGACUGAGGGCCUUCGGCCGCUGGCCAAGACCUGCUUCAGCAUGGUGCCUGCCCUGCAACAGGAGCUGGACAGUCGGCCCCAGCUGCGCUCUGUGCUGCUCUGUGGCAUUGAGGCACAGGCCUGCAUCUUGAACACGACCCUGGACCUCCUAGACCGGGGGCUGCAGGUCCACGUGGUGGUGGACGCCUGCUCCUCACGCAGCCAGGUGGACCGGCUGGUGGCUCUGGCCCGCAUGAGACAGAGUGGUGCCUUCCUCUCCACCAGCGAAGGGCUCAUUCUGCAGCUUGUGGGCGAUGCCGCCCACCCCCAGUUCAAGGAGAUCCAGAAGCUCAUCAAGGAGCCCGCCCCAGACAGCGGACUGCUGGGCCUCUUCCAAGGCCAGAACUCCCUCCUCCACUGAACUCCAACCCUGCCUUGAGGGAAGACCACCCUCCUGUCGCCCGGACCUCAGUGGAAGCGCGUUCCCCCAUCCCUGGAUCCCAAGAGUGGUGCAAUCCACCAGGAGUGCCGCCCCCUUGUGGGGGGGGGGGGGGGGGGGGGGCAGGGUGCUGCCUUCCCAUUGGACAGCUGCUCCCGGAAAUGCAAAUGAGACUCCUGGAAACUGGGUGGGAAUUGGCUGAGCCGAGAUGGAGGCGGGGCUCGGCCCCGGGCCACUUCACGGGGCGGGAAGGGGAGGGGAAGAAGAGUCUCAGACUGUGGGACACGGACUCGCAGAAUAAACAUAUAUGUGGCUGUGGACCAAA